AUGGCUGCGGUAGACCUUGGUCGAUAUCGUCGCAUCGUCCAGAUGUUCUGGGAUCCCGAACCCACCAACGACCACCAGAAUGACCUUCCGGUCUGGUGCCUGGGACGCUCCUACACGCUGGGCACCAAGACCGGGAAAGACAGCCGAGGCGACCGAAGCCAGACUCCACCCCCGACCGAUACCACAGAAGCAAGAACGGGACCAACUGUUACCCAAGCCUCAGCCUCAGCAUCAGCGCCAGCACCACCUCAUGCUAAAGAGCCCGAUACUCCGCCAGAGUCAGUAUCCAGUAGCUUCUCGUCCUCACUUGCCUAUGAUGAGGACUAUUCCGGCCAGGAUGGAGGAUGGCCAUCUGCCUUCCUUGACGACUUCGAAUCUAAGUUCUGGAUGACGUAUCGUUCGGAAUUCCAAGUCAUUGCAAAAUCCACAGACCCUCGAGCUUCAUCAGCCCUGUCUUUAUCGAUGCGCAUCAAAAGUCAGCUGGUGGACCAGAAUGGGUUCUCGUCCGACAGCGGUUGGGGGUGCAUGAUACGAUCUGGCCAGAGCCUUUUAGCAAAUGCGAUGGCAGUCAUCAAUCUAGGGCGUGACUGGCGAAGGGGCCAAAACCCGGAGGAAGAGCGCAAGCUUCUUUCUUUGUUUGCGGACGACCCGAGGGCGCCGUAUUCCAUCCAUCAGUUUGUUCGACAUGGCGCAGUUGCAUGCGGGAAAUAUCCUGGAGAGUGGUUCGGCCCUUCUGCUACCGCUCGAUGCAUUCAGGCUCUGGCCAACGCUCAGGCGCAGCAGCCUUUGCGAGUGUAUUCUACUGGGGACGGACCGGAUGUUUAUGAAGACAAGUUCAUGAAAAUUGCCAAGCCCGACGGCUCACAGUUCCACCCAACCCUUAUUUUGGUUGGUACUAGGCUAGGAAUCGACAAGAUCACCCCAGUGUACUGGGAAGCUUUGAUAGCUGCCCUUCAAAUGCCACAGUCUGUGGGUAUCGCAGGUGAAGCGGAUGUCAAUACGGUGCAUACUCGACGCUUGCGCCGGCUUCACGUGAGAGAACUGGACCCCAGCAUGCUCAUUGGCUUUUUGAUCCGGGACGAAGACGACUGGGACGAAUGGAGGCGGAAUGUCAAGCAUGUACAGGGCAAAGCAGUGAUCCAUGUUGCCGAGCAUGACCCCGUUUCGAGGGGAGGCGAGGGCGAAAGAGAGAGUGCUAUAGACGAAGUGGAGACACUCAGCGAUGACGAUGGCGAUACUAUCCUGAACGCUUGA